CUUCAUUGUUGUGGCGCAAAAGGUCCAGAUGAUUACAGAAUUCCUUACAAAGUGUGCUGUGAUGUCGGGUCAAUUUGUGUUAGCUUCCCAUCGGAGGGCUGCGUUUCGGCUUACCAAAAGGCUCUAGUCCAUUACAGGCGGCCUGUUGGAAUAGCCGUUAUUGUAUUGGCUAUUGUUGAAAUUGGCGCGGUUGUUUGCUCUAUGAUGAUUGGAGGAGGUCCAGCUAUUGUUAAAAAAAUAAAGUCCCUCUGA